AAUAUAUACUCCGUUCCGUUCCGUUCCUUGUAUAAUAAGUAAUGUUAUUUCCCCUUUCAUGAUCUGAAUAUAGAAACUAAUGAAGUUAUAAGUAGUAGUAAUUAUUUUACUCUGAAAGAAAAUCAAAAGAAGAGAUGGCUUCUUCUUCUCAGGUAAUCCCAUUAGCAAUAAGAGAGACAGAGAAAGAAACAAUGGAGAAUAACGAGGAGGCGGCGACGGAGACCAAGAAAAGAAAGAGGGGACGACAGAAGAUUCCAAUAGAGAAGAUUGCAAAUAAGAGCAGCUUGCAGGUGACAUUCUCAAAGAGACGAGCAGGUCUCUUCAAGAAAGCUAGUGAACUAAGCGCAUUAUGCGGUGCUCAAGUCGCCGUCAUUGUAGAAUCUCCCGGCGGUAAAUUAUUUUCCUUCGGAAACCCUUCUGUCGACUUUGUUAUCAAUCGAUUAGAAGAUGAUGGGUUGAAUUCCGGUAAUUGGUGGGAAGAUGUGUGUUUGGAGAAUUUAGGGUUACAAGAACUUGAAGAAUGUAUGGCUGCCAUGAAAGUUUUGAAGAAGAAUUUAUUGAAGAAUCAAGCUAGUAAUAAUGAUGAUGAUUUGGGUAUGAUGAUGGUCAAUUCUUCUUCUGAUGUUUUGAUUCCCAAUUUCACUUUGGAUCAAUUUGGAGGGCUUCCUUUUCACUAUUAAUUUCAAUCAAAAUAGACAGGGAAUUUAAAGUUGCUACUAAUUUCUUGUUCUUUUUUUUCUUACCAUUACCAGUAACCAACUUCGGAUUUUUGUACCCAGUUAUUGACACAAAGCUAAUGUAUUUUUCUAUUCUUUCUGCA